GCAGAGCGCGAGUCUGUCGCAUAUUAUUCAAUCCACAUCAUCAUCUUCUUCACCAUCCUCCUCCUCAUCAUGAACCGAAUGAUAGCAGACGUGAUGUUUCGAGCCUCUCAAAGAAAUGGUUAGAAGAUUUAAUUAGUAGUGCGAAAUAAUAAGAUCUUCAAAGCAUGCUUUGUUGCAUGUGCCUUGAAGUUGAGUUGCACCCGUGCUGCAUUUUUCUGAUACAUUGUGGCAUUGAUACGGACUGUGAAUUUUAAGCUGCACUCAUGCUGCAUUGACAGUCGGUGGUGCUCUGGCUGAAGGCGAGCAGCAGUGAACCCUCCCGUUCACCGGCGACCGCAUACCGAUUCAGCGCGCACAAUGGCCGGACGCCGCGGUUGCGUGAAUUCGCUAUGGUCGGGGAGCGAGCGGGUGCGUAUUGGAGAGCGACUAAAAGCGACUCUGGCCGGGAUAAUGGAGCUGGAUCUCCUCAGGGGUCGACAGCUGGAGAUGGUGGACGCGGUACUGGACGCGAAUGGACCUCCAGAUCACCACGGGGAAGCACCGGAGCGCGCCGCCGAGGAUGGCACCGCAACCUCCCGCGGGCAACAGAGUCUGUCUCCUACAAACCCCGACCUGUCCUGUCUGGCCUCUACAGGAGAGGGCAUAAGCUCCCGCUGGUCCACACUGUCCUGGGACGUCCCAUCUGAUCUGCUGUCCUCUCCAACUCCAGACUUCACCGGCAGCGACUCCAGACCCAGCUCAGGUUUUUACUCGGUCAGUGGAAGCUCUCUGUCAGACUCGUGUUUCUCGGUGUCCAGCGAGGCUCCUGGAGGCUCUGGGAGAGUUGGCUGCAGGCCUCGAUCUCUGGAUCACAGCGCCACACACUGGAGGGAGGCUGAAGCUCGUGGUGCAGACGCUCCUGAGGGAACGCUGGAUAAACAUGACAGAAGACCCUUUUCUACUGGGGAUCUUGAGCUCAGUAGCCUCAUCUUUCUGACAGACCUUUGUUCCAGUUUGGGAGGGAUUCCCCCGGGCUCUCUUUUACCAUCUUCUAACUCCAAUCCGCAGCUUCAGCUGGACCCCAAAUUUUGUGCCGACCUAGUUUCUCGGAAGACAAAAGAGGUGUACCCUUACCCUAGUCCACUCCACGCCGUGGCUCUCCAGAGCCCUCUGUUCACCACCUGCCAGGAUCCUUCACCCACCCGCCUGUCCCCCAGCCCAGAGAGCGAGCAGCCUGUGGAGUCGGAGCUAGAGGAAAAUCCUGUAAAAAUCCAGCCUCCAGCAUCUCCUUCCUUUACUCAGCUGGAGCAAUACAUCAACCGUUUAGUCCAUCAGCAUCACUGCAGGGUGGCCGCAGAAGCUUCCAGUCGUGGACCCCAAAUAAACAUUGCAGGGACUGGUUAUGAGGGUCUCCACCCAAGAAGUGCUUCCUCCUCCAGCUUGUCCGGCGGUAGCCUGACUCCUUGCAAAUCAAUCCUGGGAAAUUCGGCAAGAGUUAGUCUUAGCAGUAUUGGGAAACGUGCAAGUCGCAAUUCCAUCAACCUUGGAAACUUGCCUUCGGUCACUGGCGAAGAUUUUAACAUCAGCUUCCACCUCAAUCUGAAUUUAAAUCUCAAUCCGAAUCUGAACAAGACUUUGAGUGUUGAUGCUAAAAAUGUGAAGGAAGAGGUCUCGGGAUCAUGCGGACAUCUUUCUGCUAAUAUAGUCACUCCAACUGCGUCCCCUUCCUCUUCCACAUCCACCAUUACUAGUACUCCAAACUGGAGCAGGAGACCAAGGAUCUCCACCUGCCCUUCUUCAGUGAGCAAUCGAGGGUCUCUGGAGAUCCCUGGGAAAUCCUUUGGGUCAGUGGGAUUCUCUAAAUCAUUAGAUUGGAGUGGAGCCUCGAGGGAAGAAGCAGAAGGUUGUCCUCCAAUUAAAGCUUUGGAAAGUCCUCCCAAACUCAACGAGGACUCUGCAGUUGUCUGCGAGAUCUCUCGUGUUUCAGGCCUGCCGAGGUCUGUAGUUCUUGGAUUGAUGGAGGAAGGAGUGGAACUGGAUGCUGAAUGUUUUGGGAGUGAACGAGAAAGAGGUGUAGGCUCUUCUUCUCCGAGUACCAUGCCUACAAUGCAAUCCACUCGGCCCUCAUUUCAGCAUUCAUUUGGAUUAGAUCGAACACCCCAAUCAAACACCUGGAGUGGACAGGAUUACAUAUCUCAACAGCAUCGCCUACAAGUUUCCCAAUCGGACUGCCAUUCAACACUGACUUCGCAGUCAGGAAGCCCUCGUUCAGAUAAUUCAGGUCCCACUCCUCGUUCUUCUCCAAUCCUGCCUUUCCCACAUAAUCAAUCAGAUCCAGGAUCCUCGCCAGGCUCGUCUCACACCAGAGUCCACUCUCCUCCAAGGCUACUCUCAAAUUCACCCUUCACCCCUGCUCAGUUAUCAGUAUUUCGCCGUGACUCUCCAUCCCAGUGCUCUCUUCCACGCUUUCACCCUUGCAGUUCCCCAUUGGAGGGUCCGAUUCGGCCUCGUGGAGGUUCCCUCAGACAGAACACUGGAGCUGGAUGGAGACCUCAGGAUAGAGGCUGGAGGAGGAGCGGCGAUGGGGAACGGCUUUACCAGGGUAAACAUGCCUCCAGAGAACUUAUCCGAGCUUCAACAGUCAGUAGCUAUUCAGGAAGAGACUAUGGCUCUGGGUGGGAGGAUGAAAUGAGUACUCAAACUCCUAAAAAAGGUGGGAAAUUUUGGAAGGGUUUUGAAACUCGAUUUUGGGGAAGAGAAGAGGAAGAUGGCGAUGAUGAUGAGAGAGAUGUGAGAGCUGGAGGAUUCAACUGGAGGCACACUUCGUUAAAGGAAACUUCGUCUAGUAGGCAGGAUCACAGAGGGAAUAACUCCAAAAAGAAAGGCACGAGUUGGGACAGUCGGAGCUCAAGCCUCCGCUUGUCUAGAAGAGCAUUAUUUCGAAGCGAGUCUCAGGGAAUUCUGGAGCCACACUGGCAGAAACGGGACAGCAAUCAGUGGCGUUCCUCAUUUGAGAUCAGCCGUGCAGGACGGGGAUCAGAGCGUGCUCGAAAUCUUGUUCGGAAAGAGGAGAAACAUCACUCUUCUACUGCAAGUCUUUUCCAUCUCUCUCGCUCUCAGAGUCUGGAGGGAAGCAGUCAUUCGCUUUCUCCUCUUUCGUCUCCAUCGCUCUCGCCUUCUCCUCCACCUUCAGCUCCUCUCACCCGCUCCAGAUCUUUCCGCGACCUUGGACGGAAAGUGUUUGGCUCCAUGAGGUCCCUCAGUUUUAAUAAAAACCACAAGUCAAAGAAGAAGGACUAAGGACGUCUUUUUUUUUUUUUAAUGGGCGAAACCACGCUGCCAACUUUUUUCCCCUGCCCGACAUUCUCUUUCUGCUCGUUUUAGGUGCUUCUGCAUGCCAUGCUGUGUCUCUGUGCACUCUUACGGUCAUAGUGGUGCUGGUGUUGUUUUUACAAUCAACAUAUAUUAUGCUUCAAGAAGCACUGUAAAGUAUUUGCUGACCAAACACAAAAAGAGAUGUUGUUUGAAUUUAUGCUCAGGACUU